AUGGGUGGCGGCAAUUUUUGCUGCACAACUAGCGGAAAGCACAAGCUUUCACUGUUUAGAAUCCCUUCAGUUAAGUCUACAGAUGGCAAGCACGCGAAAGAAUUGAAGUGGAAGGCUCGUGAAGAAUGGUUUCGCUUGAUCCUAAGAACGAGAGAAACAACCGCGGAACCACAACAGAGAAUUGAGGCAAACUAUUUCUUUGUUUGUGAGCAGCAUUUCAAGCCAGAAUGUAUCGUAACUGGAAUAAGGAAAACAUUAGUUACAGGAAGCAUACUAACAGAAAACCUGCCAAAGAAAAGCCACAAAGCUCCAAGUAAACCAAAACGCCGAACCCUAGUAAGGAAAGCCGAUACUGCUGUUGAGAUACGCAUUGAGCAUUACGACAACAUUCAUUGUGCUCCCAAUUACAAUGUCGUUAUGAACUCAUCCUUGGAGUUCACUAUCUUUGUAUUCAACUGGCCCCUGCCUGACGACCAUCCACAAGUUGAAGUUGAAGAAGCACAUUUUGAAGUUUCACUAUUUUAUCGAUCAGUUGCAUGUGAUGUCCUUGUUGAUGUCAAACAUUCAAAUGAAUCCUGUCAACCUUGUGCAACUGCCUCCAACACAAUGAAGAGAUCUGCAAGAAAGAAGAGUAGAGCAUCUGCAACCCCAGCUAAACCUAAGGCAUCUUUACAAUCAUGUGGACCAGACAAGCUGCUGGCAACAGUAAGAUAUACAAGGUUGCAAGUAAAAGACCUUGAAGACCGCUUGCAGCAAAUGUGGACAAAGAUUGAGGAACAAGGAAUUGGCAUUAGCGAAAGCUUGAAGAAGGACAUUCUCAAAAUCAUGGGUCGACAGAGCCUCGGAGCCACGGAUCCUCCCCAAUAUGUGGCAGUUGUUAUGGAUGAGAUGAAGAUUCAAUCAAACCUGGUUUUUGAUAAAGUGUCUGGGGAAUUUAUGGGUUUUAUCGACUUGGGUGACCCCAUGACCAAUUUCGCCAGUCUCGCUGAUGAAGAUCCAACUGCAACGCAUGCCUUGGCAUCUCUCGUGAGGGGAUUAUGCACUGAUUUGAAGCAUAUCAUUGCAUACUUCUUCACAAGAAAUGUCACAUCCUUCCAGAUAAUGCCUCUCUUCUGGAGAACUGUUGCUGUGCUGGAGGUGUCAAUCAGUCUUCGUGUGUGUGCAGCAGUAAAUGAUGGUGCUUCUCCAAAUCGAAAGUUCUUUCGACUUUACCCCAAGCUGGCUAAGGAAGUGAACUGUGAUGUUGUCUCAGAUGCGGAAAGUAAUAUCUAUCAAAGCGACGACUCAGAUUGGAAUUAUGCUCCCAGUCCAUAUAUAAUAAAGAAACAAGUGGCUGCGAAUAUAGACGACCAAACUACAGAUGAAACAUCAGAACUUGUUCGCGUGACCAGAUGGUGGCCGGGUCCAGAUGGUGGCCGUAAAGAUGAAAAAUGUGCAAGACAGUGUAUGCGACAGGUGGAAAUGGUUAUGAAGUUCAUCACCCCAAAUGCUCCGUCAAUAUCAAGCCUAUUGUCCAAGUCAUUGCUUAGAGAUAAAUGGCUAAGAAUCAUUGAAGAAGAGAAGAAACCUGGUACUGUGAAAUCAUAUCUUGGGUCCCUUAACCAAUUCUUUAUUUACAUGCGUACAGAAUGUUCAGCCAGAUUUGAUGAGAUGAAUGUAAAUGAGGGAAAACUUGUUAGUCUAUCUGAACAGGUCAAGUUAUGGGCCAGGUCUUCUCGGAAGAUGGCCCAAAAUCGUUUUUGGGAAAAACGUGUAGAGGAUUUUGAAACCUUAAAGACGCCAGAAGAGGUAAAGCAGUUUGACAUUUCAGAGGUUGCACGGAAGGCAGUUAAAGUACUUGGGGAAUUCCAGACAGAUCCCGAUGUCUCUGUGGUAUCACAGGCAGAAUACACCAUUGUGCGAGACUACCUCAUGACUCUGAUUUGUAUUAACAAUGGCAGCAGAUCGGGUCCAAUUGCCAACAUGACCAUGGAGGAAUUUCAAAAUGCCACACAGCAAGAUGACUGCUAUGUUGUUAGGGUGAAGAAGCACAAGACGUUUACCACCCAUGGGCCAGCACACCUCGUCUUGUCGUCGUCGAUUCAUAAUUAUAUGAAAGUGUUCAUUGAAAAAUUACGGAGAUGUAUACCAGAUGUCAAUGCAUGCCAACCCAUAGUUUUUUUGAGUUACAGAGGCACCCCACUAGAUUCAUCCCAAGUUGGUGCCCAAAUUGGCUCAUGUUGGGGCAAGGUGUUUGGGAAAAAAGCAUCUAUGGGUGGUGCAACUUCAUUCAGAAAGGCUGCGGUUUCUGCCGUUCAUGAGUGCAAUGAAGAAAUGCGAGGUGACUUAGCAGAUCUCAUGGUACAUAACAAGACAACGGCGGACAAAUAUUACCUGCUAAAGAAUAAGGGAAAGUCUGCAGUAAAAACAUCCAAAGAACUGUCACGCAUUAUGCGUGAUGGCUCUGAGAAGACAGAAUCCAGUGAUGGUGUGGAGAAAGAAGAGAAUAAAGAUCAGGAACCACCCGAGAAAGACGCUGCCACAUCAAGCGUGGUCAGUUGUCCCAGGCACAAGUGGUCAAGUGAGGAAACAGACUUAUUAAAACAACUUUUUGCUACCCAAAUCCAGAUGAAAAAGGUAUCGAUGGAAGACAUUCGGGAGCUUUGCAAGGGUCAGCAAUUCCUUGAGAAAAUUCCUCCUUCCAAGAUAAGAGAUAAAGUCCGAACCUUAUUUAAGUUGGGCGAAUCGUCCCUCCCGCCACAAGAGAAGGAGUCUACAGAGGAGAAACUCAAACGUUUUGGCAUGCCAAUUGCUAGUGCUUGCAAAGAGAAAGGCAGCAAAGAUACGAAAGAGAGACCCUCCGAGGACAAUGAGGAGGAGGAAAGCAGAGAAGAUGGUGAAGAGGAGAGCAGCCAGUACUCACGUCCAUCAUCAUCAUCCGAUGUAGUUCCUCCAUCGUCACGUUCCAGAGGUGGACAAGAUCGCUUGUUCAGUGAUAUGGAAAUGGUGGAGUUUAGAAAGUUAUUCUCUGCAGUCAUUCAUUCGGACAAGCCAAUCACCACCAAAGUUGCUGUGUCGAUGUUGAAGAAGAAUAAAAGUUUGAAGCACCUUACAAAGAGAUUUACCAACCAGCAAAUAUACGACAAGCUGAGGACGGAGAGGAAAAUUGCGAAGAGAGAAAAACAAAAAAAAUGAAGAUAUGGACUCUCGUAUUGGUGACUAACUGACACAUUUGUCUUUUAGGAUGUUUAUAAUAAUAGACUUACGCCUGUAUUCUAAAAGCUCACUCACACUCAAACUCAUUGAGUGGAAGAUCUUAAUCUUCUCAUAACGUUUCAAUGGCGGUAUUUUCAGCCGAACAGGGGCUUGAUUUUCAGUGAUUUAUCUUAUAUCUUUUCAUCUAUUCAGAGAGAACUUUCUCAUUGAUCAGCAUUAACGAAAUUUAUAUGUCACACUCGAUGAGUAUGAGUGUGAGUGAGCUUUUUGAAUACAGGCGUUACAGUACAAAACAACGCUAACUCCAAAAAUCAGCAUUUUAGGGGCUGUUUACAUGAGCCCGGUUACCCG